UUGGUGCACGUCACUCCGGUUUGGGGAGAGUGGUCUGACGCCCAGCCGCGGAGCGACCGGCCGCCUCUCACCCUCCUUCACCCCGCUCAGAAGAACCGCACCGCUCUGCCAAUGCGCCCGGCAGCCGCCGUCACUCCCCGCUCCCUCACACCUGUACCCAGGGCUCGUCUCCUCACCGGGGCUUCGCUCUCAACACCUCCCCCCAGCACACACUGGACUUCACUAUAAGACCUCAGGUAGCACUCUCACCUCCGUUCUGAAUGACGGGCGGUCGGUUCGACUUUGACGAUGGUGGCACAUACUGCGGAGGCUGGGAGGACGGCAAAGCCCACGGCCACGGUGUGUGCACGGGACCCAAGGGCCAGGGCGAGUACUCUGGCUCCUGGUCCAACGGCUUCGAAGUGGUCGGCGUGUACACCUGGCCCAGCGGGAACGUGUUCCAGGGCUACUGGGCGCAGGGCAAGCGCCAUGGACUCGGUGUAGAAACCAAAGGGAGGUGGAUUUACCGGGGAGAGUGGACUCACGGGUUCAAAGGCCGGUACGGGGUCCGGCAGAGCCAGAACACACCGGCCAGGUAUGAGGGCACCUGGAGUAACGGACUGCAGGAUGGGUACGGCGUGGAGACGUACGGUGAUGGAGGUACUUAUCAGGGUCAGUGGACUGGUGGAAUGCGUCAUGGCUAUGGUGUACGUCAAAGUGUCCCAUAUGGUAUGGCCUCCGUCAUCCGCUCGCCUCUAAGAACCUCGCUGGCUUCUCUCCGCAGUGAGCAGAGUAAUGGCACAGUAUUGCGUGACAGCCUUUCUGACAGCCCUGCUGGCACACGUGGUGGUUUUGUUCUUAACUUCCACUCAGAUAGUGAAGGUUCAGAGAAGAAGAAGAGUCUUUUCCGACGUGGCUCCCUCUUCGGCAGCCUUCAGCGACUUCGAAAAUCAGACUCGCGCUCGUCGAUUUCCAGUAAGCGUAGCUCAGCACACAGUGACACCACCAUGAGCCGCAUCAGUUCAAGUGACGCCAACUCCACUAUUAGCUUUGGAGAUGGAGAGCCAAGCGAUGAUUACCUGACUCAGGAGGACAAUGUCGAUGCCACCACCACAGAGUCCUACAUGGGCGAGUGGAAGAAUGACAAGCGCAGUGGUUUUGGUGUCUCUGAGCGCUCCAACGGCAUGAAGUAUGAAGGUGAGUGGUUGAACAAUAAGCGCCAUGGCUAUGGCUGCACCACCUUCCCUAACGGCUCCAAGGAAGAAGGGAAGUAUAAGAACAACGUGCUGGCCAGGGGCAUAAGGAAGCAGCUGAUCCCACUGAGGAACACCAAGACCAAACAGAAGGUGGAUCGAGCCAUUGAAGGAGCAGUGAGAGCAGCAGCCAUCGCCAGGACCAAAGUAGAGAUUGCCAUCUCCAGGACGUCCCAUGCUCGUGCCAAAGCAGAGGCUGCAGACCAGGUUGCACAAUCAGCCAGUCAGGAUUCAGACAUUGCCAGAGCUGUGGCCAGAGAGCUCUCCCCAAGCUUCCAUCAGCCAGUUGGCACCCUAACCACACCCCGCGGUCACAUACCCCCACCGCCCGACUCAGGCUGGGAUCACAUGGAAGUUGAACGGCUGCAAAGCCAGAUACCAGCGAGUGAUCCGCGCGUUGGCAUCCUUCAUGCUGUGGAGCCACUGGAGCAGGGCAUGGUCCGACCAGAGGGUGAAAGGGCACCCCAGGAG